GUGUCCACCUAACGUUCAGCAUAUAUUCAGUUCUCUCAUCAGCUCCUCAAUCAAUCUCCAUUUAUUCAUAUUCUUCUUCUUUAUUUGCUAACCACUACUCUAAUUUCAGCAACCAGAGUCUGAUUAAAUUUCACCAUGAAAUAUUUCUCUUCCUUCACCCAGAAAGCAAUAAUGAUCUCCACCCUCUUCUUAGUUUUUUCUCUGAAUUCUGUCACUAUCCUAGCAACCAUAGAAUCACCACCACCGGCACCAACUUCAUGCCUGAACAAGUGUGGAUCAAUUCCAUUAAAAUAUCCGUUCGGCGCCGGUUUUGGUUGCGGUUCUCCACGUUUCUACCCAUCCAUCACUUGCUCAUCAUCAUCACCAUCUAAGUCAUCAUCAGACAGCAACAUCAUCACCAUCCCUCAAGACCAUGAACAAGAAGAUGAGCAACUCAUCCUCACAACUCAUGCAGGCACAUACCCAAUAACUUCAAUAUCAUACGAAACUUCCACCUUGACCAUCAACCCAACACAGAUGUCUACAUGUUUAUCCAUGCACUCUUCUCCCAACUUCGGCCUCGACUGGUCUUCACCAUUCCAGCUUGGCCCAUCUCUGUUCAUCCUCAUAGGUUGUCACCCUCCUACUUCUGCACUCUUCUCCAAAGGAAAUCCCAUUUGUGAUGCUUCAUAUAAUCAUCUAUGUGCGUCUCUACACUCCUGUCCUUCUAUACUCUCACUUGGCCUGCCCAUCUACUCUUCGACCGAUACUUGUUGCGUCUACUCCCCGGCGAACCUGAACGCCAAAGGAGAUUUGGAUAUCAAUGCACUGAAAUGUGCAAGUUAUGUCUCGGUUGUUUCACUCGGCGAUAUUCCGACAGACCCGAAUCGGUGGGAAUAUGGGUUGGCUUUGAAGUAUAAUCAAGUUGGAUUGGAUCAUAUCAAUUACAACAUUGAAAUGAUUUGUAAUGCUUGUGAGAAAAGUGAUGGUGUUUGUGGGUAUUCUCCACCAAAGAAUAACUUUGUUUGUGUUUGUAAGAAUGGGAAUAGUAGUUCCGACUGUUACAAUGUGAAUAAUCAGAUCCUCGUCAGCUGUGACCCACCUCUACAAUGAUUGGACUUAAUUCCAUAGCUACCUAUCCACCAAUCCAACCCCUAAUCCCCAUACCAAUCACUUAAUCCAACGGCUCAGACCACCCAUAUAUUAAAUCCCUUCUCAUCAGUUGAUUAUACUAACCCAAAUCAAAAACCACAAAUUCAACGGUCAGUAAUCAAUCACACUGUAUCUACGAAAAGCCCAGUUUUACAAUAAAAAAUGGAAUAAGAAGAAGAAUAAAUAAAAAUAAAAAGGCAGUCUUUUUGAAUAAAAAAGAAACAGAGGAGAAGAAGGAUAUUCAUAGGAUUCAUCAACAGAGUGAGUGA